GACGACGAGCACCAUUUAUAGACACUUAAAGCCCCAAUAUCGACUGGAACAUCUGGUUCCAACGUGUUCUUCUACCGAACGAUCGCCUCUCGACCCAUCAAAGCUCAAGCUCAGACCUGGCCUGGUGAGCUUCCACAUCGACAUCACCUCCCACGCGCGUGGGGCGUGGGGCUUGACUCUCGUGAUUGAUUUGCCAGUUCUUCGUCUCUCUCCCACCUUCGCUCCACAAGUGCUGAUGUCUUCCAGUUUGAGAAUGCAUGCCAUGACAAACUUAUUUCAGAAUUGUUCACAUGGAGAAGGCAGUAGGUCGUCAGUACAUACGUAGCCUACAUCCGCCGCGCCGAAGCUUGUGUGAGGAGGGCCAUUUGCUUUCUUUGAGGCACAGCCGGCUUCCCCUUGCGAUCCAAGUGGACCGUGGUUCCUGGCACAGAGUCUCAUCGUUAGACUGUUCGAUGUUAUGACGAUUCGCUGAACUAAGAAUAGUGUACCAUCCCCCGCGUUGUUUGGAUAUCCUGCCCGACCGGUUCAAUCAAGCCAUGAGGAGUCGUCCGAGCUAUUCUCCACUGGGGAGGCCAAAGUGUUCAGGUACCUUGGAGCUAUUGAGAUGGUGGGAAGACUAUUAACAAGAGCCACGCCCUUUGAGACGAUUCUUGUUGCAGCUUAUAAACCAUAUAUUCCCCGUCCCUCUGCAUCUAUCAAACAUCAAACCCCGACCUGAAGCCAUACUUUGUUUGUUAAACCUGUGUUUGCUUUGCAAUGCCUUCCAUCACAGCGUCUUCAGCUACUCCUCAAAGGGUAAAGCCGACGACCGCCAAGCCAUCAUCAGCUUUGCCCAGUAUUAUUGAUAUCCGUGGUGAACAUGUCGAAAUCAACCUGAAAGACCAAAUUGCUUCUAUGUUUAACCCUGACGAGGGCCCAAGGAAGCUUCCAACCCUUCUUCUAUAUAACGAGAAGGGGCUACAGAUAUUCGAGGACGUAUGUUGAUUCUGUUGAGAGAUCCCCGUUGCUGUUACUCAUACUACUCCAGAUCACGUAUCUGGAUGAGUAUUACUUGACAAACUAUGAAAUUGAGAUCCUGAAGAAGUCCUCUGCGGAGAUCGCCAGUCAGAUCCCAGAGGGUUCGAUGGUGAUUGAGCUGGGAAGCGGAAACCUUCGCAAGGUCUGUCUCCUUCUACAGGCAUUCGAGGAACUUAAAAAGCCCAUCCAGUAUUUUGCUCUCGACUUAUCUCUCAAAGAGCUUGAACGGACUCUGGCUCAAGUUCCUGAGUUCAAGUAUGUCUCAUGCCAUGGUCUUCAUGGUACAUACGAUGAUGGGAGGGAAUGGCUCAAGCAUCCUUCUCUCACGAGCCGCUCAAAGUGCAUUAUCCACCUCGGCUCCAGUAUUGGCAACUUCACCCGAGACGGCGCAGCUGAUUUCUUGGGAGGGUUUGCAGAAGUACUCACACCAUCUGAUUCCAUGAUCGUUGCUGUAGACUCUUGCAGCAACCCGGCACAGGUCUACCAUGCAUACAACGACUCCAAGGGGGUAACCCAUCAAUUCGUUCUGAAUGGUCUCCAAAAUGCCAAUGAGAUCCUUGGUGAAGAGGCCUUCAACACGGAUGAGUGGAGGGUCGUCGGUGAGUAUGUCUAUGACGUUGAAGGUGGAAGACAUCAGGCCUUCCUCUCUCCCACCCGGCCAACGGAUGCUCUCGGAUCGAGAGUUUUGCCUCAUGAGCGCAUAGAGAUCGAGCAAAGCCUCAAAUAUUCCGAAGCAGAGAAGGACAAGCUCUGGAAACUUGCAGGCUUGACCGAGAUGGGUCGAUGGAGCCGGGGAGACGAGUAUGGCCUUCAUUUUCUGCAAAAGUCCAGUAUGCCGUUCAGCCGGAUCCCUUCUCUCUACGCCGCAGAGCCACUACCAACAGUCCAAGACUGGAAGGCACUUUGGAAAGCAUGGGAUGUAGUAACCAAGGAUAUGAUGCCAGAUGAAGAGCUCCAGGAGAAGCCAAUCAAGCUACGAAAUGCAUGCAUUUUCUACCUUGGUCAUAUUCCGACCUUCCUCGAUAUCCAGUUGACCAAAACGACUGGCAAUGCCCCAACUGAACCUGCAACCUACUACUCCAUCUUUGAGCGAGGUAUUGACCCUGAUGUGGAUAAUCCAGAGCAUUGCCAUACACACUCUGAAAUUCCUGAUGAAUGGCCGUUGGUUCAAGAGAUCAUGACCUACCAAGACAGGGUCAGAUCUCGUCUUCAGAACCUGUACAAAAAUGGCCAAGACAAAAUUUCUCGAGAUAUUGGUCGAGCUAUAUGGGUUGGCUUCGAGCAUGAGUUGAUGCAUAUCGAGACCCUGCUCUAUAUGAUGCUCCAGAGUGACAGAACGCUUCCACCUCCGCAUACCGUACAGCCUGAUUUUGCAAAACUGGCUCAGCAAGCACAUGAGGCUAGGGUUCCUAACCAAUGGUUUGAUGUACCUGAACAAACCAUCACUCUGGGAAUGGAUGAUCCCGAGGAUGGUACUGAUAAUUCGCGCCAUUUUGGCUGGGAUAAUGAGAAGCCUGCGCGACAGACAAAAGUCCAUGCCUUCCGAGCUCAGGGCAGAGCUAUCACCAAUGAAGAGUAUGCCCAGUAUUUGUACAACUCCAAGAUCGAGCAUAUCCCAGCCUCAUGGUCUUCCGUUACAAACGCUCACACAAACGGCGCCACUAACGGCAGUCAUGCCAAUGGAAAUUCGAAUGGUUACUCUAAUGGAAAUGGCCACCACGCAAGCCAGGUCCCGGAUUCAUUCAUUCAGGAUAAGUUUGUCAGAACGGUAUAUGGUCUAGUUCCUCUCAAGUACGCUCUUGACUGGCCUGUCUUUGCUUCUUACGACGAGCUCGCUGGUUGUGCAGCAUGGAUGGGCGGCCGUAUUCCAACUUUUGAAGAAGCUAAGAGCAUCUAUGCGCAUGUUAACAAGCAGAAGAGAGCCGAGGCCGAGCGCACCUUAUCAAAGACGGUCCCUGCAGUCAAUGGUCACCUUGUCAACGACGGCGUUGAAGAGACCCCGCCAUCCAACUCCUCCGCUUUGGUCAAGGAUAGCUCUUCCGAGCUAUUCUUUGAUCUUGCGGAAGCCAACGUUGGUUUCCGUCACUGGCAUCCUAUGCCGGUUACUUCCCGAGGCAACAAGCUUGCGGGCCAGUCGGAGAUGGGCGGCGUCUGGGAAUGGACGAGCUCAUCACUUGAUCGACAUGAGGGUUUUGAGCCCAUGUCGCUCUAUCCUCUCUACACGACUGAUUUCUUCGAUGGCAAGCAUAACAUCGUCUUGGGUGGUUCGUGGGCCACACAUCCACGCAUUGCAGGACGAGCUAGUUUCGUCAACUGGUACCAGAGGAACUAUCCCUACGCAUGGGUGGGAGCCAGAUUGGUCCGAGAUGUUUAGGCAUCUAGACUAGAGCAUUUGUUCCUAUAUAUACGAAUGGUUUCAUGUUAUAAACGAGCCGUUGGGACGGAUUAUGAACUACUGGAGUUCGAUUAUUUAUAUGGGCCCAGGUUGCUACGAGAGGAAUCUGAAGGAGGAUAGUCACUCCCUGAGGAAGCAAAUGUAUUAUUCAUGUCCAUCUCUAUUUUACUCCUAUGUUUUGAACUCCUUACCGAAACCAGCUACUCUGUGAUGAUAGCAAAUGUUGUCUCUUGCAACGUCAU